AUGAAGCUUUUCAAGGAGCCGGAGGAUGUCCUGAUCUACAGCAAUCAGCUGGCACGCCAACGCCACAAGUACGAGGGCUUGAAGAAAAAGUCCUUCUUGCGAAGACUCCAGCACAAACGCUGUGUGGCUCAGAGCACGUUGCCCCUCCGUUUUGAGUAUGCCCUGAAGUGGCUCGACAACCUUGGCUGGGGUGUUCUUAUUGACCCGGCGAAGAAGAGACAGUACAAGGUGUAUCGUGAGGAUGUCUCGGAAGACUGCAGCCCCUUCAACCACAGGACGCUGCAAAAGGCCGAGAUGGUAGAGUUCUUGACUCCGGCGAGGCCGACGAUAAGCACCCGAGCCUCAUCGUCGUAG